AUGUUUUUUUUAUCAUACCCCUAUCUAUCUAUCUAUCUAUCUAUCUAUCUAUCUCUAUAUAUCUGUUAUACAUAUUGUCUGUUCAUAUCUAUCUAUCUAUCUAUCUAUCUAUAUCUAUCUAUCUAUCUAUCUAUCUAUCUGUUGUCUGUUCAUAUCUAUCUAUCUCAGUGUGUUCAUAUUCUAUCUAUGUAUCUAGCUUUUUUUUUAUAUCUAUUUACCAUAUCUAUCGCAAUCUGUUCAUAUCUAUCUAUCUAUCUAUCUAUCUAUCUAUCUAUCUAUCAGUCUCUUCAUAUCUAUCUAUCUAACUUUCUAUCUAUCAACGUCUGCAUCUGUUUCAUCUGUUUCAUCUUUUUAUUUAUAUCAAUCUGUUCAUAUCUAUCUAUCUAUCUAUCUAUCUAUCUCAAUCUGUUCAUUAUCUAUCUAUCUAUCUAUCUAUCUAUCUAUCUAUCUAUCUAUCUAUCUAUCUAUCUAUCUAUCUGUCUCUAUCUAGCUAUAUAUCUAUCUCCUCUUCUUUCUUUUUAUCUAUCUAUCUAUCUAUCUAUCUAUCUAUCUAUCUAUCUAUCUAUCUAUCUAUCCCAUUCUGUUCAUAUCUAUCUAUGUCUCCUUCUUUCUUUCUUUCUUUCUUUCUUUGAUUUUCUAGUUUCCAAUUCAUUUUCCUUUCUUAUUCUUUAUUUCAUUCUUUCUUUCUUUUUCGAUUUUUCCAUUUCAUUUUCAUCUUUCUUUCUUUCAUUCCAUCUACGUCUGCUUCUUUCUUUCUUUCAUUCUUUUCUAUCUAUCUAUCUAUCUAUCUAUCUAUCUAUCUAUCUCUCUAUCUAUCUCUCUAUCUCUACGUCGUCUUCUUUUUUUUCAUUCUUUCUAUUUCUUUCUUUCAAUCUAUCUCCGUCUGCUUUUUUAUUUCUUUCAUUCUUUUCUUUUUCUAUCUGUCAUCUAUCUAUCUAUCUAUCUACGUUUUCUUCUUUCUUUCAUACUUUCUUUUUCUUUCUUUCUAUCUAUCUUUCUUUCACUCUAUGUCCGUCUGCUUCUUUCUUUCUUUCAUUUUUUCUUUUUCUUUCUUUCUCUCUAUCUAUCUUUCUUUCAUUCUAUCUAUCUAUCUAUCUAUCUAUCUAUCUAUCUAUCUCCGUUCUUUCCAUGUGUGUAUGUGUGUCAGAUUGA